CCCGAACGUGUGCACUUAGAUAGUGGAAGAUGAAAAGGUUAUGGAUGAAAAUGAUGGAAACGAAAAAACUGAAACUGCCGAUGACACUGACACCACUGUUCAAGUCAAACAGCCAUACUUUGGACAGUUCCACUUCAGCAUGAACUCCUGUGUAGAAAAGCCAAGCAAAUAUAUAUGCAAGCGAGUCGUUAACAAGAACGGCCGGAAAAAAACCUUAACCAUUACCAGACAAUGCUGUCAUGGUUACGAACGUCCACGGAAUGCUGCUUAUGCUACGCCAUGUGAUAAAAUCGAGAUAAAAGAUGUAGAAUCUACCGCAGCCGACGUAGGCGCCAAAGACUUUGUGAUCAAAGCGAAAAAUAGUGGACUAAAUGACAUGAUAAUGUCACGUGAAAACCUUACCAUGUUUUUGCCUGUAGAUGAAGCCUUCAGCAGCUAUUCAGAUUUAUUGCAAAGUGAAAGUAAUUUGGUGGAAAAGCAAAACGACGAUGGUAUGAAGAAAUUAUUCUUACGUCAUGUUGUUGAUGGUGAAGUUAGCAUGGAUGAAGUACGUAAUGAACAACUAUUUAAAACACAAGUCGGCGGGCAGAAUAUACGCAUUAACAGCUAUCAAGUGCCUUUAUCACUCAGCCCCGAACCCUAUCGUUAUACGGCCAACUGUGUACCCAUUUUAAAACACGAUAAGUCAACCGAGCAAGGUAUGAUCCAUACUUUGGAUGGAAUUAUGAAACCUGUCAAUAAGAAUUUAAUGGAUAUCAUACGCGACCGUAGAGAUAUGUCAAUUAUGCGUACUGUACUUGAAAAGACUAAAUUAAGCGAUUUAUUGGAAGGGGAAAAACCGUUGACAAUCUUUGUACCCACUGAUGAUGCUUUUGACAAACUAGAAUCACAUUUACGACGUGUCUUAAAAGAAGGCAAGGGCUGUGCUUCAAAUAUACUUAAGAAUCACAUGCUUGAUUUAACUUUCUGCUCAAUUGCUUCAGUGCCUGGGGCAAAGACUACCGCUUACAACUUACUAGGUCAACCAAUGCGGUUCAAUCGUUCUACGCAUGGCGGUGAAAUAGAACAACCUCAACCCAUUGUAAUUAACGGUGUAGCGAAGGUCGUAGAAACUGAUAUUAUGGGAACAAAUGGCGUUGUGCAUGUUAUAGAUACUAUUAUGCCUACAGAGACCGCUUUGCCUUUAUCUUCGCUUAUGCAAGAAAAAAACGUCACUAUAUUCAGAAGUUUGCUGGAAAUUUCUGGGUUGGAUAAUGCUUUCCACGAUAUGGAUAAUUUAACAAUGUUCGCUCCUGCUGAUAAAGCCCUGGAGGGCACCGAAUGGGCGAAAAUGUUAGAAGAGAAUCCAGAACAGCUGAUAAAUAAUAGGAAUCUUAAUGAAUUUUUAAGCUAUCGCGUGUAAGGAAGCGUUUUUGCU